GACGAGUCAGACUCGGUGCGCACGCCAUUCCUUCUUUCAUGGCGACCACCGUCGCUGGCGUUUUCGCUGCCGGUUUGUCUCCGUUCCACAAUCGCCACACAUCGUCUGUCACGGGAGGAUUCAAACCGCAACGAAACGUUCGGGUGUACGCGUCGUCAGCGACGACUAGGCCACCAGUUGUGUCAAGCGAGCAACAGCCUUCAACAACCAAUGUCUCCAAUAAUGGGAGGUUCGUGAAUAGCUCACAAGUUGAGACCAUUACGGAAAGCAAAGCUGAGUCGGAGUCUGAUUCGGAGUCACACCGUUUGAGCUUGAAGGAUUACUUUGAACAGUCAAAAGAGUUGGCCAGAUCGUCGGACGGUGGACCGCCUCGUUGGUUUACGCCUUUAGAGUGCGGGUCUCGCUUGGAAAACUCUCCUCUCUUGCUGUUUUUACCUGGGAUUGAUGGUGUCGGACUUGGACUUAUUUUGCAGCAUCAAAGACUUGGAGAGAUUUUUGAUAUAUGGUGCUUGCAUAUUCCUGUUACAGACCGAACACCAUUUUCAGACUUGGUGAAGGUGGUUGAAAGAACUGUUAGAUCAGAGAACUACCGUUCACCAAAAAGACCCAUAUAUCUAGUUGGAGAAUCAGUUGGGGGAUGCCUUGCACUAGCUGUUGCUGCCAAUAACCCUGAUAUUGAUCUUGUAUUAAUUUUGGCUAAUCCAGCUACAUGUUUCAGCAAGUCCCAGCUUCAGCCUUUACUACCCUUAUUAGAAGUCGUGCCUGAGCAGCUCCGUAUUAGCAUGCCUUACAUGUUGAGUUUCAUGACAGGUGUCCCUUCAAGGAUGGUGAUGGCUACGGUCGCAAAAGGACUUCCUCUACAACAAACAGUUGGAGAGAUAUUGGAGAAUGUUAUGGCAUUGUCAUCCUAUCUUUCUGUCUUGGUUGAUAGUUUACCUGUAGAAACACUUCUCUGGAAGUUGAAAAUGCUCAAAUCGGCUUCUGCACAUGCCAAUUCACGACUUCAUGCUGUCAGAGCUCAGACAUUGUUGCUUUCCAGUGGAAGGGAUGGGUUACUACCAAGUCAAGAGGAGGGUGAAAGACUUCGCAAAAUGCUGCCAAAAUGUGAUAUUCGUAGAUUUGAUGACAGUGGCCAUGCCCUUUUCUUGGAAGAAGGUGUUGAUUUGGUAACUGUUAUUAAAGGUGCCAGUUUUUAUCGCCGUUCAACAUACCUUGACUAUGUCUCAGAUUACUUGCCACCAAGCCCCCAUGAAUUCAAAAAGAUAUAUGAACAUGUGAGAUGGUUUGACCUGGCUAGUGGUCCUGUGAUGCUCUCGACUUUUGAAAAUGGGAAGAUUGUAAGAGGCCUUGCAGGGAUUCCUUCUGAGGGACCAGUUUUAUUUGUUGGUUACCACAUGUUGCUAGGUUUCGAAGCAGUUCCUUUAAUAUCCCGUUUUUGGAUUGAAAGAAAUAUUCUUGUGCGAGGGAUGGCACAUCCAAUGAUUUUUACCAAGCUGAGAGAAGGAAGACUGCCUGAUUUAUCAACAUUUGAUACGGCCCGAACUAUGGGUGCAGUUCCAGUGUCAGCAACUAACUUUUAUAGACUUUUCUCCUCAAAGUCUUAUGUCCUCCUGUAUCCUGGAGGCAUGAGAGAGGCUCUUCAUCGAAAGGGUGAAGAUUACAAGUUAUUCUGGCCAGAACAGUCUGAGUUUGUCAGGAUGGCAGCUAGAUUUGGAGCCAAAAUUAUACCUUUUGGUGUUGCUGGAGAAGAUGACAUGGGUCAAUUGCUUUUUGACUAUGAUGACCAAAUGAAGAUUCCAUAUAUGAAGGCUUUUAUAGAGGACCUAACUGACGAGGCUGUGAAAUUGAGGACUGACAGUGAAGGAGAGGUUGCAAAUCAACCUGUGCACUUACCAGGAGUUUUACCCAAAAUUCCAGGCCGCUUUUAUUACUUGUUUGGAAAGCCAAUUGAAACUGCAGGGAGGAAACAGGAACUGAGGAGCAGGGAGAAAUCACAUGAACUGUAUUUAGAAGUGAAGUCAGAGGUUGAGAGAAGCAUUGCUUAUUUGAAGGAGAAAAGAGAAAAUGAUCCAUAUAGAAAUAUUUUUAGUCGGUUGAUUUAUCAAGCAGCUCAUGGUUUUGAAUCCCAAGUCCCAACAUUUGAAAUUUGAUCUUUUCUCACCUGUCCAAGAUGAAUUCCUACGUUCCUCCUCAGUCACCUCCGUGGAUGGACGUGCCCUCUACUUAUGGUGAUGUACUCUACAGCCAUGUGUUUAGCGCAUUCCAGGGAUCAUUCAUUUAGGAAAGAAAAGAACAGAUGUAAAAACCUAGCGAAUAUAAAGAAGUUAACUGAUAUAGCCAUGUAACAUAUCUGUCUGCAAACAUUUAUAACAUUAAAGGCCAUGAAAUGAGAGGCCAUGUUGGCUGAAUUAAAAUUUUUUAUUUGCCCUAGGUGAUCAACACCUACAACAUAGAUGGCGAAGAUGACAAUUUGUGCAACGCCUUGUUUGAAAUUCACAAUAAAUCAGAAUGGUG